UGGUGUCUCACUUCCGGCCAGUAGCUCUUUUCUUCCGCUUCUCUAUGGUCGCGAGCCGGAAGUGGCUGCGGGGCUGGAAGGCGUGAGAUCCAUUGUGCUCUCUGACCUGGAAGAACAGCAAUGUCAUCAUCAGAAUCCAGCAAAAAAAGGAAACCCAAGGUGAUCCGAAGUGACGGAACCCCAACUGAGGGGAAACGGAACCGAACUGACGCUGAGCAGGAAGGCAAAUACUACAGUGAGGAGGCUGAGGUUGACCUGCGGGACCCUGGCAGAGACUAUGAGCUGUACAAGUACACUUGCCAGGAGCUGCAAAGGUUGAUGGCCGAGAUCCAGGACCUGAAGAGCAAGGGCAGCAAGGAUGUGGCCAUGGAAAUUGAAGAGCGAAGGAUCCAGAGCUGUGUGCAUUUCAUGACUCUAAAGAAGCUUAACCGAUUAGCCCAUAUCCGGCUAAAGAAAGGAAGAGAUCAGACCCAUGAGGCCAAGCAGAAAGUUGAUGCCUACCACCUGCAGCUUCAGAACCUGCUCUACGAAGUGAUGCACCUGCAGAAGGAGAUCACCAAAUGUCUGGAGUUCAAGUCAAAGCAUGAAGAAAUCGAUCUGGUCAGUUUAGAGGAAUUUUAUACAGAGGCUCCACCCAACAUCAGCAAGGCCGAAAUCACCAUGGGAGACCCUCACCAACAGACCUUGGCACGUCUGGACUGGGAGCUGGAGCAGCGAAAGAGGCUGGCAGAGAAGUACCGAGAAUGUCUCUCCAACAAGGAGAAGAUCCUGAAGGAGAUUGAGGUGAAGAAGGAGUAUCUGAGCAGCCUGCAGCCUCGUCUCAACAGCAUCAUGCAGGCUUCCCUCCCGGUGCAGGAAUACCUGUUCAUGCCCUUUGACCAGGCACACAAGCAGUAUGAGACGGCCAGGCACCUGCCGCCUCCCCUCUACGUGCUCUUCGUGCAGGCCACUGCGUAUGGGCAGGCCUGCGCUCAUAUGAAAUCCUCCUCCCAGCCCCCUAGACAGGAUAAGACGCUGUCGGUGGCCAUUGAAGGCAGUGUGGACGAGGCCAAAGCUCUCUUCAAGCCCCCUGAGGACUCUCAAGAUGAUGAGAGCGACUCGGACGCUGAAGAGGAGCAGACUACGAAACGGCGUCGACCCACACUUGGGGUUCAGUUGGAUGACAAGCGCAAGGAGAUGCUGAAGAGGCACCCACUGUCUGUCUUGAUUGAUCUGAAGUGCAAAGACAACAGUGUGCUGCAUCUGACUUUCUACUAUCUCAUGAACCUCAACAUCAUGACCGUGAAGGCCAAAGUGACGACCACUGUGGAGCUCAUCACCCCCAUCAGUGCAGGAGACUUGCUGUCUCCCGACUCAGUCCUGAGCUGUUUGUAUCCUGGAGAUCAUGGAAAGAAAACUCCAAACCCAGCCAAUCAGUAUCAGUUUGAUAAAGUUGGCAUCCUGACUUUGAGAGACUAUGUACUUGAAUUAGGUCACCCCUACUUGUGGGUACAGAAGCUGGGUGGCCUCCACUUCCCCAAAGAACAGCCCCAGCACACAGUGGUGGCUGACCACUCCCAGAGCGCCAGCCACAUGGAGACCACCAUGAAACUGCUGAAGACCAGGGUCCAGUCCCGCCUGGCUCUCCACAAACAGUUCGCAUCUUUGGAACAUGGCAUCGUGCCGGUUACCAGUGAUUGCCAGUCCCUCUUCCCUGCCAAGGUGGUUUCUCGCCUGGUGAAGUGGGUGAUAAUUGCACACGAAGAUUACAUGGAGCUGCAUUUCACUAAGGACAUAGUAGAGGCAGGACUGGCCGGGGACACCAAUCUCUACUACCUGGCGCUUAUUGAAAGGGGAACAGCGAAACUCCAGGCUGCUGUCGUAUUGAACCCUGGCUACUCCUCCAUCCCACCCAUUUUCCGACUCUGUCUAAACUGGAAAGGGGAGAAAACCAACAGCAAUGAUGACAAUAUCCGGGCGAUGGAGAGUGAGGUCAACGUGUGCUAUAAGGAGCUGUGUGGCCCUCGGCCCAGCCACCAGCUCUUGACCAACCAGCUGCAGAGGCUGUGUGUGCUGCUGGAUGUCUACCUGGAGACCGAGAGCCAUGACGACAGUGUGGAGGGCCCCAAGGAGUUUCCCCAGGAGAAGAUGUGCCUGCGGCUUUUUAGGGGUCCAAGCAGGAUGAAGCCAUUUAAAUAUAAUCACCCGCAAGGAUUCUUUAGCCACCGGUGAUUCCCUCUACCUGUCACCCCCCAAGCCCAGCCCUGGGUCCUGUGACUCUGCUUCUGCUCUGGCCACAUGUAGUUCUUGAUAUUUUCCAAAGACACGAGCUGAUUAAAUGUCCCCUGACCAAA